AUGCAGCUGACGUUAGAACUUCUUCUGGCGUCGCUUUCUGCGGCUUUUGCGAUCGGCUACAGUACCAACAUCUACGGCAGACCUCAGUACUAUGACGUUGAACAGUACAAUCCUCUAUUUGGCACACACGACAAUGACAACAACGUUGAGUUGAGCUCUGGACGUCAAGACCACAAGAAAAACCGCGGAAAGAAGAACGACGACAGCAGCGAUGGUGAUGACAAUAAGAGCUUCCAACCGAAGAAAUACGAGAAAAAUGAUCAUGGGAAAAAAGAAUAUCGAAACAAAGACCAUGAAAAAAAAGACUAUGACAAAAAGGAUUAUGGAAAAAAAGACUAUGAUAGGAAGUACUCGAAAAAAGAAGUCAAGCCACGUUUGUUCAACUAUUUGCUUUAUUUUUUGAAAUGGUGAUCUCAGAUCCGGUCUGUGGAAGGUGCGACGACAUCAAAACGCGAAGAAGGUUUCCCAGGGACCGCGCCACUACUGCAGAGUGAGUAAGACUGAAGAUUUUCUAUAGUUAUUUUUAAUGAAAAUGAUAAAACAUUUUGAAAUUCUCCUUAAAGAGAACAGGCAGAGAUAAAAAUCUAUUGGAAUAUAAAUCGGUUUGUUGAAUUGCAAUGACAAAUAAGCUGUGGAAAAGGUAGAAUAUUGCUAUAGAGCCGUUUUGUGAGGACCACUGUGUACUUUUGGUUAUUCAAACUUUUCAUUUAAUUCAACUGAACUCAUAACUACAUAAAAGGUCUGAUCUUAUUGGAACUAUAAAAAAACAUAAAACUUCAGAAAGUACCGAAUUUUUUUAAUAAAUGUUUAAGGUACAUGUUGGACAAAAAAGGUUGCCGCUGGGCUUUAAUUACGUGUUCGGACACUGUUUCAAAGCUUCAGUUGGUUGCAAGCGACGAAAUUAUCGGAGAGGGAAUCAAUAUGCAGUUUUACGCUAAAUGUGAUGAUGAAAAGUGAGCUUUUUUUUUUUGAAUUACCCUAGAAAUUACAACCUUUUCGAGAACUUUUCAAUUAUUAUAUUCCAGGUGGAAAAUGAGAACAGUUCAACACGAGUGGGUCCGCUUCAAGGGCGCCGUCUGCAAGAAGCCGCCGUCCGAAACGUCGACCAGCACCACAUCCACAACAACGACUAAACCACCUGUCGGCGGUCCCUGA